AUGUUUACUGGGUACAACAACAAGAAGCGGAUCAGCGAGCGCUACAAGAUCGUAGGCUUCAUCAGCAGCGGUACCUAUGGACGCGUCUACAAAGCCGAGGGCAAAAAUGGCCGUGUUGGAGAGUUUGCCAUCAAAAAGUUCAAGCCCGACAAGGAAGGUGAACUUCAAUACUCGGGAAUCUCGCAGUCUGCCAUACGGGAGAUGGCACUCUGCACGGAGCUCGCGCACCCCAAUGUUGUGCAUACUUCAGAGAUCAUCCUGGAAGACAAAUGCAUCUUCAUCGUGUUCGAGUACGCAGAACAUGAUUUGCUCCAAAUCAUUCAUCACCACAAUCAGCCGCAACGCCAGGCCAUUCCUGCGCGUACCAUCAAAUCCAUCCUCUACCAACUCCUUCAAGGACUCCUCUAUCUGCACAGAAACUGGGUCAUGCAUCGAGAUCUGAAACCUGCCAAUAUCAUGGUCACGAGUGCCGGCAAGGUAAAGAUUGGCGAUUUGGGUCUUGCUCGACUCUUCUACAAACCGCUACAAUCACUGUUCUCCGGUGAUAAAGUCGUCGUCACAAUAUGGUAUCGGGCACCUGAAUUGUUACUUGGCAGCCGUCACUACACACCAGCAGUCGAUCUGUGGGCUGUCGGGUGCAUCUUUGCUGAGUUGCUGUCACUCCGGCCCAUCUUCAAGGGAGAAGAGGCGAAGAUGGACAGCAAGAAGACGGUGCCAUUUCAGCGGAAUCAGAUGCAGAAGAUCGUGGAGAUUAUGGGUAUACCAAGCAAAGAACGGUGGCCGUUGUUGACGGCCAUGCCAGAGUACUCCCAGCUAAACUCGAUGAUGGCCGGGAACGUGGGGAGAUACCCGCGCGCCCAGAGUGGCGAUGGUCUAGAGCGAUGGUACCAGCAAACCCUCAACAACAACCAUUAUCCCGUUGGUGCUGGACCGGAUACACCUGGAACCGAGGGACUUUCGUUGUUGAAGCAACUCCUCGAGUAUGACCCACAAAAGCGCCUGACCGCCGAGAACGCACUUUUACACCCGUAUUUCAGUGUGCACGGAAAACCAUCUGAGAGUUGCUUCGAGGAAUCGAAGAUCAAGUACCCUGUUCGGAGAGUCAGUCAGGAGGAUAACGAUAUUCGUACGUCGAGUCUACCCGGAACCAAGAGAGGGGGACUUCCAGAUGAUUCGCUUAUCGGACGACCGGCGAAGCGUCUGAAGGAGGGAUGA